CAGGAAGUGUGGGGGCUUGAGCGGGGUGAAGGAGAGGGUUGGGAUUGGGGUUAGGUCUAGUUGGUCAGUUUUGGGCUGGGAGGGGUGGGUUUGGGGUGCUGCUGCGGGCGGCAGCCAUGCGGCGCGACGUGCGCAUCCUGUUGCUGGGCGAAGCCCAGGUGGGGAAGACUUCUUUGAUCCUGUCGCUGGUCGGCGAAGAGUUUCCCGAAGAGGUCCCUGCCCGCGCGGAGGAGAUAACCAUCCCCGCCGACGUCACCCCGGAGAAAGUGCCCACCCACAUCGUGGAUUACUCAGAAGCGGAGCAGACAGAGGAGGAACUUCAGGAGGAGAUCCACAAGGCAAAUGUAGUGUGUGUGGUGUACGAUGUGUCCGAGGAAGCCACCAUUGAGAAGAUCCGAACCAAGUGGAUCCCCCUGGUGAACGGCAGGACUGCGACAGGGCCCAGGUUGCCCAUCAUCCUGGUAGGCAAUAAGUCAGAACUGCGACCAGGAGUUACCAUGGAGGCUGUGCUACCCAUCAUGAGCCAGUUUCCUGAGAUAGAGACCUGCGUCGAGUGUUCCGCCAAGCACUUGAGGAAUAUCUCAGAACUGUUCUACUAUGCCCAGAAGGCUGUUCUGCACCCCACAGCCCCCCUCUAUGACCCCGAGGCCAAACAGCUAAGACCUGCGUGCGCCAAGGCUCUCACGCGGAUCUUCAGACUCUCGGAUCAGGAUCUAGACCAUGCGCUCAGUGAUGGGGAGCUCAAUGCCUUCCAGAAGUCCUGCUUCGGCCACCCCCUGGCCCCACAGGCCCUGGAUGAUGUGAAGAGGGUAGUAAGCAAGAACGUGGCAGGUGGCGUGCAGGACAACCGGCUGACCCUGGAAGGCUUCCUCUUCCUGAACACACUCUUCAUCCAACGUGGCCGUCACGAGACCACAUGGACCAUCCUGCGGCGCUUUGGGUACAGUGACUCACUGGAGCUGACACCUGACUACCUCUCUCCACCGCUGCAUGUACCCUCUGGCUGCAGCACAGAGCUCAACCACCGCGGCUACCAGUUUGUGCAGCGGGUGUUUGAGAAGCAUGAUCAGGACCAUGAUGGCGCCCUCUCACCCACGGAGCUGCAGGAUCUCUUCCAGUGUGUUCUCAGUGGCCACCCUGGGGCCCCGAACUCUCACACACCAGUCCCCACUCAGGCUGGCCGGCUGCCCUUGCAUGGGUAUCUCUGCCAGUGGACCCUGGUGACCUACCUAGACGUCCGGCAGUGCCUUGCACACCUUGGCUACCUGGGCUACCCCACCCUCUGUGAGCAGGACUCCCAAGCACAGGCCAUCACAGUUACCCGGGAGAAGAGGCUAGACCAGGAGAAAGGACAGACACAGCGCAGUGUGCUUAUGUGCAAGGUGUUGGGAGCCCGAGGAGUGGGCAAGUCGGCCUUCUUACAGGCCUUCCUUGGCCACAGCCUGAGGGAAGCCAGGGAGCUCCCUGAGGAAGCCCCCAUGUACACCAUCAAUACAGUGCGGGUCAGCGGACAAGAGAAGUACCUGAUUCUAUGUGAAGUGAGUGCUGAUAGCCUGCUGGACACCUCUCUGGACACUACCUGUGAUGUCGCCUGCUUAAUGUUUGAUAGCAGUGACCCCAAGACCUUUGUGCACUGUGCUACCAUAUACAAGCGCCAUUACAUGGACGGGCAGAUCCCCUGCCUCUUCAUCUCCUCCAAAGCUGAUCUCCCUGAAGGUGUCGCCUCACCAGGCCUGUCACCAGCUGAAUUCUGCCGUAGACAUCGGCUGCCUGCCCCCGCCUCAUUCUCCUGCUUAGGACCAGCACAGCCCGACACAGCUGUCUUUACCCAACUUGCUACCAUGGCUACCUUCCCGCACCUGGUACACACAGAGCUGCACCCCUCCUCCUUUUGGCUCCGAGGAAUGCUGGUGGCUGUUGGGACUGCGGUGGCUGCCGUCCUUAGCUUCUCACUGUACAGGGUCCUAGUGAAGAGCCGAUGACAAAGGACCCAUGAGCCUCUCCUGACCAAGGCACAGCACACUGUGGUGCCUUGUGGAGGCCUAUGCGGCAGAGGAGUAUGGGCUUUCAGCUUGGUGGUGUAAUGGCUGUGUGGCUACAGGGUCCCCAGGACUGAUGUGGGGUACCUGCUCAGGGACUUUGUGUCUAAACUUUGAUUUCCGAAAUCUCUUGCCCCCAACAGGACUGUGUUUUGCCCUGUCCUGCUGAGCCUAAGGGUGCAGGUUGGAGGGGAUAUUGUGUGGUAGGGGCUGGGCUGUGGGUAAGGAAGCCAGGGACCAAGACCAGAGGCACUCAGGGUACUUCCUGGUUCUGCAUGGCCAGUAGGCAUGUGGGGGACAAGAGGUGGUGGUCAGAUUGGGAAGGGACCUGAUAGUCACCGAGUUCCCACCUUUCUUUACGGUGUGGAGCUUUACACUACCAGCUGCAGAGCAAGUGGAAUUGGGUUCCCUGAUUAAACCUUACCUGUCUUUUCCAGCUCUUGGGUACUGGUGUCUCAAGGCAGCUUUCUUUCUUUCUUUCUUUCUUUCUUUCUUUCUUUCUUUCUUUCUUUCUUUCUUUCUUUCUUU